UUGGUUCCUAAUUUUAUUGGACGUCAAAGCGAGUGUGCAGAGAUUAUGGGUCACGUGACUUCUGAAUCUACCCGGCUCGUGUCGAUCUGGGGUUCACCUGGAUUUGGAAAAACAUCGGUUGCGAUUGCAGUGGGACACGAUCUCCAGUCUAAAGGAAUGCCGGUCUGUUGGCUUUCAUUACGUGAACUGAAGUCAAAAACAGAUCUCGUUUCAAAGCUUCUAAGCUUUUUUAAGCCAUCUGUCAGAAAUGACCAUCCAUCCUUUUCCUAUCCAUCCCUUGAUGAUCAGCUUUAUCAACUUUUAAGCGAAAUUUCCGAUCGAUCUAUUUUUAUUCUUGAUAAUGCUGAUAAUUUAUUAGAAGCAGGAGCCGAUCGGCUCCUGUUAGAAGAUGGUGAGCGCAAAAGCAUGAAAGAAGAGGACGUCAUACAACUUUUGAAAGAAAUUCUCAGGCGAAGUAAGGCGACCAUAUUUGCUUUAACGACGAGAGAAUCGCUAGAUUUUCUCAAUAUAGAUUUGCAAGGUCACCAGAGUGUAAGGAUCAGACCAUUGGAUGAAGAAUCUGCAAAGACAUUAGUAGAGGCCCUUCUUCCAGCAGCAAGUUCUUCAGACUGUACACGAAUCCUCCAAAUCUGUGGACUUGUACCCCUUGCAAUAAAGUUAAUGUGUUCGUCAAUUUCUGAAGAUAAGGCUGAACCAAGUCAAUAUCUCGAUGAAUUCAUGCAGUUCGCCUCCACAGCGAGUAUCGCCGAGAUGUUAGACAGGCCAGAUUACCCAGACGAGUACAGAUUACAGUCUCUUUUUGAGUUAUCUUUUAAGAGGCUAACUGCACAAGAGAAAGAAGCACUAGUGUCAUUGAGUAUUCUUCGAGAGAAUUUUAGUACUGAGGUUGCUGCAGCUGUUUUCGAUGAAAAUAAUUUUCAGACCAAGAAGUUAUUGCACAGCCUUCGGAGAAAGUCGCUUCUUGAUUCAGGUUUGCAGCAAGAGUUCUUCACGAUGCACAAGCUGAUUCAAACAUUUGCAAGAGAAAAGGGACAAAAUGAAAUGAAAGACACGGUCCUUAAAUCAAAGCAGCGCUUGAACAGGUUUUACGUGUCACGAUUUAAGAAGCUGAAUCAGCAAUAUCUCACUGGUCAUUCAAUGGAGGCGUUUCGUACUUUCUGUAAAGAUGAGCAAAGCAUUAUUCAAAGUUUGCGGGAGUCUCUCUCUGAUCCCAUUACAGCCCCCCCAGUUUUUGAGGUCUUAGCAAAGGGAGAGUUAUUUCUUGAUAAUCUCUUUUACCUAGAGGGAUCAAACACCUUUGACGAAAUUUACGAUUUGGCAAUUGAGGCUGCGAGGAAGUUUGAGGCAAACGAGUCUUACAGUCGGCUACUGGUUUCAAAGGCGUUUGCAGAAGCAUGUUGGGGCGCAAAGGGAAGUACGGUGCAGUUGCUUUGUAGAGCAAAGGAAGCUGAAGUUUCGGCACUGCCUUCAGUUUCCAUGUCAGAACUACAUGGUAAACAUCUGUGUUACUUAGGAAUUCAAAACCUUACUAGCGGUAAAACGGAAGAUGGAGUUCACCUUUUACGAGAGGCUAUUCAGUUGAUGCAUGGAAGCCCAAAUUUGACAGUUCUUAGGCUGGUUGCUCUCCAAAUUCUUAGUCAUUUUUCCCAAAUUCAAAGCAAAGUGGUCGACUUGAAUCAGUUACUGUACAAUGCCGAAAAGGAAUGCCAGAUAGUAGAAGACGCAGAUCUACUUUUGAAGUCCUCACGGAAAAGCAAAGAGAGAAAAACCAAAGUAGGAGAAAAGCAAACAAACUCCAGCAUUCUUUCUAACCACCCACUAACGUGGCAAGUACUUGACCUUGUUACCAAAGCAACAGAGAACUUCAUGGAUUCCGAUACUGAGCAUCAUCUUACAAAUAUUUUGCAUAAAAUGCUGAAAGACAUCGAAAUAGAAGAGCACGUUUCAAUAGGUCUCUUUCGUUUUUAUCGCAAUGUCAUAGCCCUAUUACCCACAAGCGAAGACAAGAAAGUGCGCCUUGAAAAAAGAAUCGAUUACCAUCAAGCAGCUCUAAGCCGAUGUAGUGAAAACUCCUCCCCUUAUCACCUGCAAAGCAAAGCUCUUGCAGAGUGUUACAUGGAUCUUGGAAUGAUUCUCUUCCGUUCUGCCUUAAGGGCAGAACAGAAAGGGCCGGGCUUAUCAAGCUCACUUGACGGAGAAGAACACCCAAGCCCUGCGAGUGGUAAUCAUAGCUUUGGCACCACUCAAAAAUCCCUCGGAGUCUUCAAAGCAGCACUAGAUUCUUAUCAUCACGCACUUAACAUCCGCCUUAACCUGUUUGGAGAAAACCACGCAGACACUGCUAAUACCUAUCAUAAACUUAGCACAACCCAACAUUUCCUUGGAGACUUCAGCACAGCACUAGAUUCUGAACAGCAUGCACUUGACAUCCGCCUUAAACUUUUUGGACAAGAACACGGAGACACUGCUGAUAGCUAUCAUAACCUCGGAGCCACUCAAAAUUCACUUGGAGAUUUCCAUUCAGCAUUAGAUUCUAAACAGCAUGAACUUGAUAUCUGCUUAAAACUGUUUGGAGAGGAGCAUGCACGUAUUGCUGGUAUUUAUCAUACACUUGGCGUCACUCAAUAUUCACUUCGAGACUUCAGCGCAGCAAUAGAUUCUGAACAGCAUGCACUUGACAUCCGCCUAAAACUUUUUGGAGAAGAUCACGCAAGCACUGCUGAUAGUUAUUAUGGACUUGGCGUCAUUCAGCAAUCGCUUGGAGACUUCACUGCAGCACUAGAUUCCCACCAGCACGCACUUGACAUCCGCCGAACACUGUUUGGAGAAGAAAACCCAGACACACUUGAUAGUUAUCAUAGCCUUGGCCACAUUCAACGUUCACUUGGAGACGUCAAUUCAGCAUUAGAUUCUAAACAGCAUGAACUUAACAUCUGCUUAAAACUGUUUGGAGAAGAACAUGAACGUACUGCUGGUAUUUAUCAUACACUUUGUGUCACGCAAUAUUUACUUGGAGACUUCACCGCAGCGCUGGAUUCUGAACAGCAUGCACUUGACAUCCACCUUAAACUGUUUGGAGAAGAUCACGCAAGCACUGCUGAUAGUUAUAAUGGACUCGGCGUCAUUCAACAUACCCUUGAAGACUUCACUGCAGCACUAGAUUCUAAACAGCACGCACUGGACAUCCGCCGUAAACUGUUUGGAGAAGAACAUGCAAGCAGUGCUGAUAGUUAUCAUAACAUUGGAACCACUCAACAUUCACUUGGAGACGUACAGGCGGCACUAGUUUCUAAACAGCAUGCACUUGACAUUCGCCUAAAACUGUUUGGGGAAGAACAUGCAAGCACUGCUGAUAGUUAUUAUGGACUUGGCGUUAUUCAGCAAUCGCUUGGAGACUUCACUGCGGCACUAGAUUCUGUACAGCACGCACUAGACAUACGCCUUAAACUGUUUGGAGAAGAUAACCCAGACAUACUUGAUAGUUAUCAUAGCCUUUUCAACAUUCAACAUUCACUUGGAGAAAUCAAUUCAGGAUUAAAUUCUAAACAGCACGAACUUAACAUCUGCUUAAAACUGUUUGGAGAAGAACAUGCACGUACUGCUAGUAUUUAUCAUACACUUGGUGUCACGCAAUAUUUACUUGGAGACUUCACCGCAGCGCUGGAUUCUGAACAGCAUGCACUUGACAUCCACCUUAAACUGUUUGGAGAAGAUCACGCAAUCACUGCUGAUAGUUACAAUGGACUCGGCGUCAUUCAACAUACCCUUGGAGACUUCACUGCAGCACUAGAUUCUAAACAGCACGCACUGGACAUCCGCCGUAAACUGUUUGGAGAAGAACACGCAAGCACUGCUGAUAGUUAUCAUACCCUUGGUGCAACUCAAAAUUCACUUGGAGACUCCAAUGCAGCAUCAGAUUCUAAACAGCAUGCACUUGACAUUCGCCUAAAACUGUUUGGAGAAGAACACGCAAGCACUGCAGAUAGCUACCAUGGACUAGGCGUUAUUCAACAUUCGCUUGGGGACUUCACUGCAGCACUAGAUUCUCAACAGCACGCACUUGACAUACGCCUGAAACUGUUUGGAGAAUACCACGCAGAAACUGCCAAUAGUUAUCAUAAACUUGGCGCAACUCAACAUUCACUUGGAGACAACAAUGCAGCACUAGAUUCUCACCAGCACGCACUUGACAUCCGCCUUAAACUGUUUGGAGAAGAAAACCUAGACACUCUUGAUAGUUAUCAUAGCCUUGGCCACAUUCAACGUUCGCUUGGAGACGUCAAUUCAGCAUUAGAUUCUGAACAGCAUGCACUUGACAUCUGCCCAAAACUGUUUGAAGAGGAACAUGCAUGUACUGCUUGUAUUUAUCAUAGCCUGGCCAUCACUCAAUAUUUACUUCAAGACUUCAGCGCAGCACUAGAUUCUGAACAGCAUGCUCUUGACAUCCGCCUAAAACUGUUUGGAGAAGAUCACCCAAACACCGCUGAUAGUUAUUAUAGACUCGGCGUCAUUCAACAUUCGCUUGGAGACUUCACUGCAGCAUCAGAAUCUAAACAGCAAGCACUUGAAGUACGCCUGAAACUGUUUGGAGAAGAACACUCAUGCACUGCAGAUAGUUACCAUGGACUAGGCAUCAUUCAACAUUCGCUUGGGGACUUCACUGCAGCACUAGAUUCUGAACAGCAUGCACUUGACAUCCGCCUAAAGCUGUUUGGAGAAGAACACGCAGACACUGUUGACAGUUAUCAUAACCUUAGCGCUUUUCAACAUUCACUUGGAGACUUAAGUGCAGCACUAAAUUCUGGACAGCAUGCACUAGACAUUCACCAAAAAAUUUUUGAAGACGAGAACGCAUGUACUGCUGAUAGUUAUUAUAAACUUGGCGCCAUCCAACAUUUACUUGGAGACUUCAAGGCAGCAUUAGAUUCUGAACAGCACGCACUUGACAUCCGCCGUAAACUGUUUGGAGAAGAACACGCAAGCACUGCUGAUAGUUAUCAUAACCUUGGCAUCACUCAACAUUCACUUGGAGACUUCAGCGCAGCGCUAGAUUCUGAACAGCAUGCUCUUGACAUCCGCCUUAAACUGUUUGGAGAAAAGCACGCAUGCACUGCAGAUAGUUACCAUGGAAUAGGCAUCAUUCAACUUUCACUUGGAGACUUCAGCGCAGCGCUAGAUUCUGAACAGCAUGCUCUUGACAUCCGCCUUAAACUGUUUGGAAUAGAGCACGCAUGCACUGCUGAUAGUUAUCAUCGACUUGGCGUCAUUCAACAUUCAAUGAGAGACUUCACUGCUGCCCUAUCUUCUAAUCAGCAUGCACUUGACAGCCGUCUUAAACUGUUUGGGGAAAAACACGCAAGCACCGCUAAGAGUUAUAAUAAUCUUGGCACCACUCAACAGUCACUUGGAGACUUCCACGCGGCCCUAGUUUCUAAUCAACAUGCACUUGACAUCAACCUCAAACUGUUUGGGGAAGAACAGGCAAGCACCGCUGUUAGUUAUAAUAAUCUUGGUGAAACUCAACAUUCACUUGGAGACUUCAACGCAGCACUAGAUUCAAAACAGCAUGCACUUCACAUCCACCUUAAACUGUUUGGAGAAGAACACGCAAGCACUGCUGAUUGUUAUAAUAACCUUGGUGCAACUCAACAUUCACUUGAAGACUUCCACGCAGCCCUAUGUUCUCAUCAGCAUGCACUUCACAUCCGUCUUAAACUGUUUGGAGAAAACCACGCAAGCACCGCUAAGAGCUAUCAUAACCUUGGCACCACUCAACAUUCACUUCAAGACUUUCACGCAGCCCUAUGUUCUUAUCAGCAUGCACUUGAUAUCCACCUUCAACUGUUUGGAGAAGAACACGCAAGCACUGCUAAUAGUUAUUGUCAUCUUAGUGCAACUCAACGUUCACUCCGAGACUUCAGCGCAGCACUAGAUUCUGAACAGCAUGCACUUGACAUCCACCUUAAACUGUUUGGAGGAGAACACCAAAGCACAGCAAAUAGUUAUAAUAACCUUGGUGAACUUCAGCUUUUACUUAAAGACUUCCACGCAGCCCUAUAUUCCUCUCAGCAUGCACUUGACAUGCGCCUAAAACUGUUUGGAGAAGAUCACGCAAGCACUGCUAAUAGUUAUUAUGGACUUGGCUUCAUUCAACAUUCGCUUGGAGACUUCACUGCAGCACUAGAUUCUCAACAGCACGCACUUGAUAUACGCCUUAAACUGUUUGGAGAAAACCACUCAGACACAGCUAAUAGUUAUCAUUUACUUGCCGUUACUCAACAUUCACUUGGAGACAACAAUGCAGCACUAGAUUCUCAUCAGCGCGCACUUGACAUAAGCCUUAAACUGUUUGGAGAAAACCACGCAGACACAGCUAAUAGUUAUCAUUUACUUGGCGCCACUCAACAUUCACUUGGAGACAACAAUGCAGCACUAGAUUCUCACCAGCAUGCACUUGACAUCCGCCGUACACUGUUUGGAGAAGAAAACCCAGACACACUUGAUAGUUAUCAUAGGCUGGGCCACAUUCAACGUUCACUUGGAGACGUCAAUUCAGCAUUAGAUUCUAAACAGAGUGAACUUGAAAUCUGCUUAAAACUGUUUGGAGAAGAACAUGCACGUACUGCUGGUAUUUAUCAUACACUUGGCGUCACUCAAUAUUUACUUCAAGACUUCAGCGCAGCACUAGAUUCUGAACAGCAUGCUCUUGACAUCCACCUUAAACUAUUUGGAGAAGAACACACAAGCACUGCUGAUAGUUAUCAUAACCUUGGCACCAUUCAACUUUCGCUUGGAGACUUCAGCGCAGCGCUGGAUUCUGAACAGCAUGCUCUUGACAUCCGCCUAAACCUUUUUGGAGAAGAACACGCAAGUACCGCUGAUAGUUAUGAUAACCUUGGUGCCACUCAACAUUCCCUUGGAAACUUCAGAGCAGCGCUCAGUUGUCAACAGCAUGCACUUGAGAUCAACCGUAAACUAUUUGGAGAAAAAAACACAAGAACUGCUAAUAGUUAUCGAAACCUUGGCGUCACUCAACAUUCCCUUGGAGACUUCAACGCAGCACUAGAUUCUGAACAGCAUACACUUGACAUCCGCCUUAAACUUUUUGGAGAAGAACACGCAAGCACUGCUGAUAGUUAUUAUAGACUUGGCGUCAUUCAACAUUUGCUUAGAAACUUCGACGCAGCACUAGAUUCUACACAACAUUCACUUGACAUCCGCCGUAAACUGUUUGGAGAAGAACACGCAAGCACUGCAGAUAGUUAUUAUGGACUUGGCGUCAUUCAUCAUUCGCUUGGAGACUUCAACGCAGCUCUAGAUUCUGCACAGCACGCACUUGACAUUCGCCGUAAACUGUUUGGAGAAGAACACGCAAGCACUGCAGAUAGUUAUUAUGGACUUGGCGUCAUUCACCAUUCGCUUGGAGACCUCACCGCAGCACUAGAUUCUAAACAGCACGCACUUGACAUCCGCCGUAAACUGUUUGGAGAAGAUCACGCAAGCACUGCUGAUAGCUUUUAUGAACUUGGCGUCAUUCAACAUUCUCUUGGAGACUUUACUGCAGCACUAGAAUCUAAACAGCGCGCACUUAACAUUCGACGUGAACUGUUUGGGGAAGAACACGCAACCACUGCUGAUUUUUAUCACAGCCUUGGCGACACUCAACAUUCACUUGGAGAC